AUGCGCUCGCAGGUAACACGACGCUACGAUUUUGCACCUAUAAAGCGUGAAUACCAUUUAGGUGCAUAUGAGUUUCUGAUAAUGAAAAAUACCAAAAAGCAUGUUGAUGUUAGCCGCCUAUUUCUAUACUACAACGGUCGUAAAUUAAGCGGCAAAUACAAUUAUCAAAUGAUCGAUAACGGUACUUAUAUAUCGUCUGCCAUUGCCGGGUUAACACAAUAUGGUUGUUGUAAAGAAGAACUAUUUCCAUUCAACAUUGCAUUCAUCAACCAAAAACCACCACAGCGAUGUUAUACAGAAGCUGCAAAACAUUGCAUCAAGGAGUCCAUGACAGUAGCGGUCGAGUUGAACGAUAUGAAAGGAUGUCUAGCAGAAGGUUUUCCAUUUCCAUUCGGUCUUCAAUUAUAUAAAUCAUUUUCACAAUCUGAGACUAAUGGAGGACGUGUUUUGAUGCCUAAUCAGCAAGCAGGGGAUGCUCAGGAAUGUGGACAUACAAUGCUAGCGGUUGGAUACAGUAAUGCAGCACAAUGUUUCAUCGUUAGAAAUUCAUAUGGUGACACAUGGGGUGACAAAGGAUAUGUGUACAUUCCUUAUCAAUAUAUGUGUAAUCCGAGCAUGUGCACAGAUUUACACUGCAUCAAAUUGAUUCACGAUGAGCCCGGCCGUCGAGAAACUACAAAUGUUGUGAAUCCAUAUGUUUGGAAUGUGGAUAAAGAUAAGUCAUAUUAUAUUCCACCGAAUUAUACUUAUCCAAAUUUCGAUUACACUUUCUUUUGGAAACUCAAUGAUAAUUUCAACUAUUUUAAUAGUAUAUGGAUAGGAGGACAUGCGGUCCCUUUUGUGUGGGGAAAGCCGCAAACUGAUCAUAGUAACUAUCCUGAUCGUACGAUAGUAGCACCAACGACUGAAGCGCAAAUGCUGUUUGUUCUUUGGAUUGACAAAAAAAACAUCGAAAAUACUCAUAUUGUGAACAAACUCACAAGUGAAAAAAAUGUUACAGUCGACUUUCGAGAAACCUAUUCAAGUGGAGAAGCACAUAUUUCGACAAUCAAGAAUAAGAUAAAAUCACCAUCAACUUUUCUAAUAAUUUGUCGUGGUUACUAUAAGGAUGAGAACAAAAAUCCAUUAAAUUUAUUACGGUUUUUAAAUUAUAAUAGCUUACGUCAUGUUCCGGUUAUUGUCUUUACUCAAGAUAAAAAUGGAUUACAGAACCAUUUUCACAAUCAGGCGUCAUCGAUGGAUACACGAGACUGGCAACAACGUUUAUUUAUUACAAGUAGUUCUGAUGAAUUGAUUAUGGAAGUCAAAAAACGAAGAAAUCAUCAACAAGAUCGCUAUAAUUAA